GCAGCCCGUCCCGGGACUCGGCGGAGCGCGGCCCGGCGGCCGGCCGCCCUCAGCGAGCCUCCUCGCAGCCGCCGCACUCGGGAGGCGCCGCGGGGCCGGGAGUCCCCGUCAGUUCUCCCCUUGCCUUCGCAUUGCCAACCAGCGAUGCUGUCAGGAGAUGCUCCUCUGCAUUUCUUUUGCCUCUGCCAGCCUGUGAUCUUGAAAGUCUCCUGCAGCAGCAACAUGCAGCACUUCAGUUACUGUGCUGCUGUUCCAAAGAUGAGCUGGUUUGGAGAUGUCAGGAGAAGAGCAGAGCCAAUAUGAGUAGAGUGGUGAGGGUAGAAGGAGGUGAGCAUCUCCAUCUAAUUGUAGCUUACAGACGUCUGAUAAGCAUAAGGGCCUCAAGGAACUUACUACUAGACAAACUCAAGAGUUGAUCAAGAGGUAGAAGUUAGAUUCCUUCUUCUUUGCUUAUUACGUGCAAAGUACUCUCAUAGUUGCACAUCUUUUCCUGAUUACCUUCAGGCAUUUUCCUACCAGAUUUAAUUCAGGCAGGCAUCUCCAGCAGUGGCUGUGCAGAUACCUCUGAGCUCCAUUUAGAAAACGUUCUUGCAGCCUGGCCUCUUAACUGUUAUUGCUCAGCUUUCUGCACGGAGUCAUUCCUUGGUGCUGUGGCACUAUUCGCUAGGCAGACACAGCUAAUUAGUGCCUGAGUGCACUUCCAGUGUUGCAAGUCAGAGGUGCACAAUGUACACACGAGAAGGUAAAUUUUAUUUUGUGCUUGGCAAUUAACUUUUUCAAUUUCCUUUUGUGUACUUGAUUACCUUUCUAAUAGAGCAUCAAUGUAUGUUUUGCUAUUUAGACAGGAAUGUUUUAUUUACUGAACUGCUCUGAAAGUUUAUAUUCUCUAAGCACAGAAUUUAUAAUCACAGAUUCUGUUUAUUGACUGAAAAUAAGUCUGUUAAUCCUCGGGGUAUCUACAUAGUUUCCUUGAAAUUGUACUGUGAUGACUUUGGAAAAACAGCUGACAGGUUUCUGUAGCUGAUACGCAGCUCUGUACGUGCAUAGCUGCUUCAGCUCUAGCCACGCACCAGUAAAUCACACUGUAGAAUCGCCUACAUGUGGUUUGGUGCUGGUUGAGUCAGCCUGGUAACUGGCUGUAAUCAAAGGGAGAUGAUAACUGCCCUCCUCCCCUCUUCCCAUGGGCCAGCCCUUCUGCUGCCCUGCAGCUGUGCCUCUGCCCAGCCCAGGGAAAAGGUGGGGUGCAGGGAGGUGGUGCAGUUCCUUCCCUCCCCUCAGCAGUCCCCUUUCCUCCCUUCUGGUUCCCUGCAGGGGAGGUGGGUGUGGACUCCCAUUUGCAGCAGCGCUGGAGGUGCAGCUGAGCAGUGGUUUGUGCCAUCCAACACAACAGCUGUGGACUUUCAACAGCUUUUACUGUGUUUAUAGACCACGCAUUUGCAGGCUCCAUUCUGCACAUUUAUAUCGGUGCUCUCAGCAACCCAAAGAUGAUAUCUUUUCCAAGAGCACUAAAAGAGAGCUCAGUUAUCAUGACAGAAUGUUAAAGGUGCAACUUUCUACCAAAUCCAGAAAACUCUUAAAAACUCCCCUGGCGUUACCUUGUGGUCCACGAGGAAACGAAUCCCACAGUGAGCUCACAUUGCUGCCUGCCUCCCGUCGCUGGGAAGCUGAGCCAUGCACCCUGCUGUUCUUGGCACAGGAAGCCCUGGCACCUCAGCAUGAGAGGUAACGUUUCAGAAUCAUUCAGAGCCCUGUGCUGGCUGCAGUGCCUGCUGGCUUUCCUGCCAUGCCAUGCCAUGCCACAGGAGGAAAGGCUCUUGUGCUGAAAUGUGAUGGGAGCACACUGGUGUUUAAUGCAUCGCUCUAUACUAUCUUGGUGCUAUUAGCUCAGGCUCUGCUGCAGUUGUUGUUUCUUAUUUAAAUGCCCUAUCUCACUUGAGAUUUAAUGCAAUCAGAACCAGGCUGUGGGAAAAGUUUUGCUUUCAUGCCUUAGCUGUUGUUCUAGUCAAAAUAGCAAAGCAAAUCAAGCAGGAUACAAUGAAAAUGACAAAAACCAUUCACAAGAGGCAGUUUUCCUGAGGAAUGUAGAAGACAUCAGUGUACUUUGUUUUGUUUUCUCUUUCUAAACUGCUGUAUGUCCGGAAUAUCUCCGCUGAGCUUUGUUGAAUACACCUGGGAGCAGCUUCUGGCACACGUGGCAGCAAUCCAACAGAACGGACACACAAAGGAGCCCAAAAUCUGCAGCAGUGAGCCUCACUGUCUCCUCUUACAGCAUUAUUGCCUACAUUCUGUUCAGCCAACAGCAGGCGUGCUUGUCGUGCUAUGUGCGAAGGAGCUCACUGUAUGGCAUCCUUUCCUGCAGCUAUCUUGAAUGGGGAGAUGCAAAGAACAAAACAAAAUGACUGCAGCAAGUGGAAGGCAGUGGGAGGAGGCGGUUACUCUGGAAUGGGAAACUGAAGGAAUUUUUAUGAAGAUUCAGGCCUUUGUAGCCACCUGCUGCACCAAGCAGUGAAUGAGAUAUAUUGAACUUUGUUCAGCAUUGACUCUGUUGUGCUCUGCCUCCAUGGCGUGCCCUCCGUGCUGCCGCAGCAUGAAGGAGGAAGCAGCCUCGUUGGCAGAUGUCACGUCUGUAGUGCCAGUUGUCUGUGCUGGCUGCCCCAGCCAACAGGCAGGAGAUGGGGCACGAGGUUGGAACAUUUCGGGGCUUCUUCCUCAAGAUCCUUAAAGUGUUUUUGAUUAUGUUUGGAUAUAUAUAUAUAUAUAGAUCAGACACUGAGAAGAACAACUGCCACUUCAGUCUGAGGUUUAACGUGCAGCGCUGUGUGAUGAUCAGUGGCUGUCCAGAUCCCUGCAAGCACUUCAGGCGCAGCCACAAAGCCGUGGUGGUUUCGUGGUGUGCUCAUGCAGAGGAAGCCCAGCCUGGAUUCCCCUCGCUGAUAUUUCAGGUUGAGGACAUGCCUGUCAGUGGUGAGAGCUCACUGGGUCGUUUGCCAGCAGUACAGUGGGCUGCUGCCUCUUACAGAGCCUCAUCAGUGUGAUUCAUCGUGUGGCAAAAAAACCAUGGGCCCGUUCUUAUGAGUGGCCUGAAGUUAAAGAAACAGCAGAGAAGGAAACCUAUCCCAAAUAUCCACUGAUUUGAGACCAAAUGCACGCACAAUGAUCGCUGCUCAGAACAGUACCCAUACCAGGUGAACAGAGAGGAAACGCACGGCGAAGUUCUUACCAUGCACUGAACAGCACGGCAUCCCGCGCUGAGCUCUGGGAAAAUGUCUGCUUGCAACACCUUCACUGAGCACGUCUGGAAACCUGGUGAAUGUAAGAACUGCUUUAAGCCAAAAAGCUUGCAUCAGCUACCCCCGGUGUCUGAAAAGAAAACCCUCUCACGUGACAAUCUGAAAACCAAUGCAAACCAAAGUAACAGCCAGCGUGGCAGAAACACGGCCAGUUUCCGACCGCCCGUGGCAAAGAAGCCCACGAUAGCUGUGAAGCCCACCAUGAUGGUAGCAGACGGGCAGGGCGUGUGUGGGGAAAUCGGCACGCCGGAUCACUGCGAGAAUAAAUCGGUGCCCGCGGGUUGGAACCGAAACAAAGCUGUCUUGCACAAAAAACCACUGAACAAUAAUAAUGAAGAUGAAAUUGAGGGCUACAGCCAUGUUCCUAGGCCUUACGGCAGCAGCGAUGGUGUAGGGAAGAUACCAAAUAAUAAUAAUAACGGACUGACAGAGGUUUUGAAGGAGAUCGCAGGUUUGGAUACCGCACCUCAGCUGGCUGGAAGUGAAAUGAACUCGAGAGAAACCUUCUUGGGGAGAAUAAAUAAUUGUUAUAAGAGAUCGUUAGAAAGAAAGAUUCCUCCAAGCUGCAUGAUGGGUGGAAUGAAGGAUUCUCACAGUAAGCACGUUGUUCUGAGUGGGAGCACUGAGGUCAUAAGUAAUGAAGGCGGGCGUUUCUGUUACCCAGAAUUCUCCAGCGGAGAUGAGAGUGAGGAUGAUGCGUUUUUUGGCAGCAUGCAGGAAGAGCAUGAGAGCUGGGAUGAAAGUGAUGAAGAGUUGCUAGCAAUGGAAAUUCGGAUGAGGGGCCAACCUCGCUUUGCUAAUUUUAGAGCUAACACUCUAUCUCCUGUCCAGUUCUGUGUUGACAAAAAAUGGAAUACCGUGCCUCUGAGAAACAAGUCUCUGCAGCGGAUCUGUGCUGUAGAUUAUGACGACAGCUACGAUGAAAUCUUAAAUGGUUAUGGGGAAGAGACUGUGAUUCUGUAUGGGCAAGAGAGCAUGCAGAGCAUGGUAUCUUCUGAUUCUACAUCUCCCGAUUCUUCUUUGACAGAAGAGUCUCGUUCUGGAACAGCCAGCAGCUCUUCACAGAAGCUCUGUAAUGGAGGAUUAUCUCCUAGUACUCCCCAGGACAUCAAGUCGAUUGAACCAGAAUAUGAAAGUCUCUGUGAUAGUCAACAAGUGAAGGAUGUGUCAAAAGCUUCCAGGAAUGUCCCAAAGAGUCUAGAAACCCACAAAGCCAUCCUUGCUCUUCGACUGGAAGAGAAGGAUGGCAAGAUUGCUGUGCAGACUGAUAAACAAGAGAAUAAAAGUUCCUCGGAUGUUAGCGGUCAAGCAGUAACUAUAAAUCUGGUGCCUGUGGAAGAGCAAGCUAAACCUUACCGAGUGGUGAAUAUGGAACAGCCAGUUUGCAAGCCAUACACCGUAGUGGAUGUAUCAGCAGCCAUGACUAAUGAAUGUAAGGAGAGUCAGACUGAAACCUCAGAAGCCAAAAACACAUCAUCUAACCCAAGUUCGCCGGUAACCCCAGGCACACCUAUUAAAUCCUCUGCAGCAUCACCUGCACGAGUCAACGCCAAUCUGAAAAAAUCCAGUGCAAUCAGAUACCAGGAAGUGUGGACUUCUAGUACUAGUCCAAGACAGAAGAUACCAAAGGUGGAGUUAGUUGCUAACAGCUCUGGACCUUCUGUUCCUCCCAGGAAGACAAGCCACAAGUCAGCUCCUACUUCGCCUACAGCUACAAACGUUUCUUCUAAAACGAUCCCAGUUAAGUCUCCCAAUUUAUCCGAGAUAAAAUUCAACAGCUAUAAUAAUGCUGGCAUGCCACCUUUUCCCAUUAUCAUUCAUGAUGAGCCCACUUAUGCUAAGAGUUCCAAAAAUGCCAUUAAAGUUCCUAUUGUAAUCAAUCCAAAUGCUUAUGAUAACCUGGCUAUCUACAAAAGUUUUCUAGGGACCAGCAGAGAGCUGUCUAUCAAAGACAAAACUACCAGUGUAAUAAGUCACACGUAUGAAGAAAUAGAGACAGAAAACAAAAUGUCUGAAGCCAUAGGAGGCAAACCUGCUGAAGCAAAGGGGGUGACGAAUAGCACUGAAUGUAGACUCGGUUCUGUGGCUCAGAAGGUGCAAGAGUUUAACAGCUGUCUCGGUAAAAGUCAGAGAUCACCACAGAGAAGUCAUAGUUCCGACCACAACUCCCCACCGAGAAUUCAGAAGACAGCACAAGAGCCUGCAGAUGUGACCCCGGAGGCUUCUGCUCCCACUGGCAGCAGCAGCAGAGAGAAUGCAAGCACGGUGCUUUCACAGAUCGUGGCUUCCAUCCAGCCUCCACAGUCUCCUCCAGAAACGCCGCAGGCCGGGCCCAAGUCUUGCAGUGCAGAAGAGCUGUAUUCCUUACCUCCUGACGCAGAUGCUGCUAAAAGCACCCUAGUACGACCUAAAUCUCUGUUUACAUCACAGUCUGAAGUAGAGUCAUCCAAGACCACGGAAAGCACUGCCAUUAAAUUGCAGAAAGACGCAGCCUCACAGCCAGUUGCCACCAACUCUCCAAAGCCAGUGAGAGGCACCCCGAAUGCCACAAGUCCCAAAACAGAACAAGCACCACCGUUCCCUCCUCCGCGCUCCACGUCGUCACCCUAUCACGCGAGUAAUCUGCUGCAAAGGCAUUUCAGCAACUGGGCCAAACCCAACAGUCCCACCAGGUCGACAGAGGCGGAGUCGAUCCUGCACUCCGAAGUCCGGCGAGCUGCUGAUGCCAAACCCAAACGUUGGAUAUCGUUUAAGAGCUUCUUCCGCCGCAGAAAAACCGAUGACGAGGAAGACAGAGAGAAGGAAAGAGAGAAAGGGAAACUGGUGGGCCUGGAUGGAACCGUCAUACACAUGCUCCCCCCUCCUCCGGUUCAACGGCAUCACUGGUUCAGCGAGGCGAAAUCAGACUCCAGUGAGAAGCCGUCAAUUGUUUUCAUGUACAGGUGUGAACCAACGCAAACCGAACCGAAGGCUGACCAUCAGUACAAGAGCGGAGUGGAGUCUGCUAUCGCAGAUGUACUUGCAAAAGACAAAGGGGAAACACAGGAGAAGUCUCCGGAGAGCCCUGAGCAGAAAAUAACGAGCCAUCCAUCACCACCUCAGAUCCUGAAGAAAAUCCCCAGCGCAUCAGAACACUGUGGAAUCAAUGGCUCGCCAGAGUUUCAAGACAUGAUUAAAAGACUCAAGAAGGCCCUGAAAGAAUUUCCUUUAAUGGGGAAUUGUGUGAGUGAGUACAGUGGUCAAGUGCCCGAUGAUACCACGCUGGAGGAUUUGUCCCCCCGUGUCCCAAGAGCCGUGUUUGUGAAGCAGGACAAUGGUGGCAGCGCCUCGGUCAUACCCGUGUCAGCUGUCCGUGCCCCUCAGGGGGAGGAAGACAAAGGAGAAGCUCCACAUCCUUCUGAUUUGAAUCCUUGCAGUGCCACGUACAGCAAUUUAGGACAGUCCAGAGCAGCCAUGAUACCUCCAAAACAGCCGAGGCAGCCGAAGGGAGCUUUGGACGAUGCCAUUGCCUUUGGAGGGAUAGUGGACCAGGAGACAAUGAACAGCUUACAGCCAACACCACCUCCGCUGCCGAAAAAGACAAUUCUGAGAGCUAACACAGAGCCGAGCCCCAGAGACCUCCAGAAGCAAGCUCUUGAGAACAACCUGUGCAUCGUGGCCAAUCCCACCUAUGAUAUUGACACCAACUGGGAAGCCAGCAGCGCCUGCUCCUCGGUCAGCUUGGAGCUCAAGGCACUGGACAACGAGUCAGGAGAUUCCUUGGACAGGCCUACGGAGAAGUUAAGGACAACCACCUCAGCAACUAACAGUGUUUCCAGCCUAACCACUAUCAGUAUUAAGGACCGCUGCUCCAAUAGCAUGGAGUCUCUGACGGGGAGACAUCUCUCGCAGUCUAAGCAGAGCAGAGGUGUCCAGAAGCCACAGAGGCAAGCACUUUAUCGAGGAAUUGAGAAUCGAGAAGAAGUGGUAGGUAAAAUCCGAAGCCUUCACGCUGAUUCACUGAAGAAGCUGGCACUUAAAUGUGAAGACUUGUUCAUGGCUGGACAAAAAGACCAGCUGCGAUUCGGAGUGGACAGCUGGUCGGAUUUCAGGCUCACCAGCGACAAGCCGUGCUGUGAGGCAGGUGAUGCAGUUUACUACCCGGCUUCUUAUGCAAAAGAUCCUCUCAACCAUUAUGCAGUCAAGAUUUGUAAGAGCAAAGCUAAGGAGUCCCAGCAGUAUUAUCACAGCCUGUCUAUCCGGCAGAGUCUGGCCAUCAACUUUAACAUCCAGCAGGACUGUGGCCAUUUCCUUGCUGAAGUGCCAGUUCGCCUCCUCCCAUGGGAGGAUGCCGAUGCACCAGAGGUGGAAGAAGAGCAAGAAGAAGAGCAAGAACCUGAGCAAAAGAACGGAGGCACCCCUUCCAGUACAGAGGCUUCGCAGAAGGACAGCUCAAGUAACCAGGGGACCAUCAGCAAGCCACGCAGCCGUGUUGUAGUCAUCACACGAGAGGUGCCAUACUUAACAGUGGCUGAUUUUGUGCGAGAGUCCGCUCCUCGCCAUGCCAAAAGCCCGGAUUUAUAUGAGAGGCAGGUCUGUCUUCUCCUUUUACAGCUGUGUUUGGGCCUGGAGCACCUGAAGCCCUACCACAUCACACACUGUGAUCUGCGGCUAGAGAACCUGCUGCUGGUUCAUUCCAGACCAGGAGGCGGCCCUCUGAGCUCUGAGUCCGUGGAGCCCGGCCCCAGCACUGCUUGCCCAGCCAGGUUAAUAGUGAGCAAUUUCUCACAGGCCAAGCAGAAGAGUCAUAUGGUAGAUCCUGAGGUCCUACGGGAUCAGUCCCGCCUGGCUCCAGAAAUCAUCACUGCAACGCAGUACAAAAAGUGCGAUGAAUUUCAGACUGGCAUCCUUAUCUACGAAAUGCUGCACUUACCCAACCCCUUUGAUGAGAAUCCAGAGCUGAAGGAGAAGGAGUACACUCAUGCUGAUCUCCCCAAGAUCCCUUGCCGCUCCCUCUACUCCCAAGGGCUUCAACAACUUGCCAGCUGCUUGCUGAAUCCCAACCCCUCUGAGAGGAUCCUGAUAUCAGAAGCCAAGGGAAUCCUUCAGUGCUUGCUUUGGGGUCCACGCGAGGACUUGUUCCAUGCUCUAAGAACAUCUUCCAACCCAGCCCGGAAAGAUGCUGUACUUCAGAACUGGCUGGACAUCAAAAGGACGCUGCUGAUGAUAAAGUUUGCAGAGAAGUCCUUUGACAGGGACUGCGGAGUGAUUCUGGAAGACUGGCUUUGUUGUCAAUAUCUGGCUUUUGCGACUGUAGACUCGCUUCAUCGCAUCGUGAGAAUCAUGCAGCGGCACUAGUUUGUAAGACCUGCUGCUUCCUACGAAGCACCUCCAGCCCAGCCCUCGCUCCAGCCUGCCCUCGGGCUCACACUUUGAACGAGUGUUUAAAAAAAAGGCCUAGAUGUCAAAGCCAGCAACUCUGAGCAAAUCGGUUCUAAUUGGAGAGAUUGCCUCCUGUGCCCAGUAUGACAGAACUGUGCUUUCUUGCCAGGCCUCUUAGGGAUUCAUUUUAUACAUACGACUGCAUUUGGAUCAGACACUUUGUAACUAGAUAAAUAUCCGGAUGAAAAGGAGAGCAAACUUCAAUACCACUAUUUCUAUAACGACAGUAAACAAAUCGCCCUCCUCUUCUGGGUAGUUUCUGCCAUUUCUGUAUGUAGCAUUGGUAGUGAAUAGCAGUGAGCGUUUGCAGAGAUGGAUUAGUUGUAAAUGGGAGAUGGAUGACCCACGUUGCCCUACUGCUUUCAUUCCACAUCCCAUGCAGGAUUUCUUCUCACCUGGUCCCCCACAGCUGGGCUGGACUCUUCUUUCCUUUGGUCUCAACUAAGUGGAUUCUCCUCUUUCUCUUACUUUUUAUGCCUUCUCUUUUCCUUGCAGAUGGCGGUUGUCCUGCUGAUUGCACCCAUGUCAGCAGGCAGUAAGAAUCUGUGCUUUGUUCUCUUCCCCCCUCUCUGUCUGACACACUGCCUACCCACAUCCUUUCUAAUCUCAUCCUCGAUUUCAGCAACGUUGCCUUAAUUGGACUGUUAUCCUUGGCUUAAGACCUCUGCAUUAAAAAGCAGAAUAUGCACACUUAGUCUAUCCUAUUUCCCCUACUUGACGCUCACCAGUCUGGACAGCUGAUGUGCUGUAGCUAUAACCACAUUUAUACAAUACAAAUACAACACGUGGUGGGCAAUUGAAAUUCCCCUUCCAUCGCAAAAGGCACCAAAGCCUGACUUGAAAUGGACAGGCCAUGUAUAACCUUCUCUGACAAUCACUGCUAUGAAUUGGGGUUGAAAAUAACAGCCACCUCUUCUGUUUUAUUUUGGUUUGCUCUUGUCGCUUAUGCCAUAUUGCAAAGUGGGACUGAAAUUGGCUCUGCUGGCACGUUGGCAGGAGAUAGAAGUGUUUAGAGCUCGUCUGUGUGUAGCUAACAGGCCACAUGGAGACACUUUUACUGCAGACACGGUUCUCCGAAGGGUAAAAACAAGGGGCAAAAACAGUGUUGUUUAAUUAUCAAGGGAGCUGUUAAGUUUGGCAGCCACAGCCAACAGCACCGCGAUCCAUUUUCCCCGCAGCGGUGCUUGGCUGCACUUCUCUUGUCUGCUGUAAGCAGUGUGUGCUCGUGUUGCUAUAGACAACACCCUGACAAUGGCACGUUGUCAGAACAGCUCAGAGCUCGUUGCAGACAGGGUUUGGGACUAGAGCAGGAAUUACUGAGAAUAAGGAGCAAAAUUUGAAAAAAUUCAACCUGAAGGAGCUUUGCUUUUUUAGAGGCAGCUGCUGCCUUCCUUCCCUGACCUGAUGGCUGUUUCCUACAGAACCUCUGCAGUUGAACAGACGAUACGUUUGCUCAGUAUUGCUAGGCUCUGAAUUGUUCUCUGACUCGCUCUGAAGAACUCAUUUGGAUGUAGAGGAACAAGCGAUGCUGAAUAUUCUAACCCAGGUGAUGGAAAGCAGACAGCCCUAGUUAUGAGCCCGUGCUUCUCUUCUAUGGAUCUAUGUGCAAUUCUUGUAUGUGUUUUUUAAAGCUGUAUGUUACAGUGUUCACUUUACACACCAGCCUUUACCGGAUGCUAGAUCUGCAGCCCCUUCCUUUACUUUCCUGGCACAUAAAUGCAGCUAUCCAUGCGUUCCUUUUAUGGAUGGAUGUUUCAUCUUAAUUGUGAAAACUGUGAGGAAUCAAUUCACUUCAGCCUUGAAACAAAUAGCCACUUUAUACAGCGUAUGCAUGCUUGGACCAGAUGCAUGGAAACGGAACAAACAGUCCUGCAGGCUUAAGGUCAGCAAAACUAGCUCUGGAUCCACACCAUUCAUUUGGAGGGGUUGAAAUUUCUGUGUCGUUCUUCUCUGGCAUCUCUCAGAGCUAAGCUGAGUACUGUGUAAGCCUACAUCGAUUGUGCUGUAGUACGUAGACAGUCUCUGUGACCUUUCUCAAGACUUUCUGAAACUUCAGAUUAUUAUUCUUGUGUUUGAUUCACCUGUAUCAGUGAAGGAUCAGGCAAGGAUAAGGGUAAUAUAUUUUCAUGUGAUAUGUACUUUUUCUUUCUUUUCUUGGCAAGAAGGUGAGGAUGGCGGCACUGAUGGGGAAGAAAAAAGACUGUGCUUUAAAAGCCCAAGUGCAAUGUAUGUAGUUGAGAUACCUCGCUACAUCGGGAAAGAAAGUUUCUAUACUACUGCCGAGCAGCUUGUAGAAGAGCCUUUACAAAGGAUCACACACAUGCUGGGUGCAGCCCUGCUUUACCUGGAGGCAGGAGGGCAGUGCCCUCACGGCUUACAUACACCGAGCAUGCCAAGCCACGCGCAUCCUAUCUGCUAGCUGUUCGUCACAGUGCUGAGCUGAGAGUAGGGCUUCGUGUUCUCUGUGGUCUGGUUUGUGUUUGUUUCACUGUGCCCGUGUGCACAUAACUUCCACCCAACUCACGUAGGCUGUUGGAGCAGUUCUUGGACCACUUGUCAUUGCAGGGGGCUCGUUCCUUGAAGCCAGUAGGUUUCCACGUUUUCGGAUUCACUUUCAUGUCAACACGCACAUGCAAAGUUGGAUUUUGAAUGUUUUACAACCAUAUGUAUUUAAUGCAGCUGGUCCGAAGCCUUUGUAUCUCUAGCUAUCUAAUUUCUGUUUGUAUUUUUUUGUGAUGAACCAAUACUCACUUUAACUCUGCAGUAUAACCAAGCAUGGAUAGAUGUUCACUACCCAUCCCUUCUCGUGCAGCACUGGGUAAACUUUAGCAAUUUGCAAUGUUGUGUGUGUUUUUCUUUAGAGAAGUCAAACACAGUCUGGCCUGAGGUAUUCCUUCGGGGUGCUUGAGGCUGACUUUGCAGGUGUGCCCAUAACUCUGAUGCUGGUGAUGGUAAUGUUUGUGGUGGUCCUUCAUCCUGGCAACGGCUAUUGCCGCAUAAAUAUCCGAGAAUGUACGCAUUAAACUGAUUGUAAACAGAUCCUAAGAAUGCUACAGCAUAAUUGCGAAGCAAAAGGAAAAAAACCCCUUCUGUUUGCAGUUGAGAUCCUGUGUAUGGCAGGAACCAAACCCCCGGCUGUGCAUGUUUUAACUCACCCGGAUACGUGCACAGAUCUUGAAUUUUUUAGCAGUCGCACUUUCGGUUGAGCUCAAGAAAUAGGAAGAGCUGCAAAUCUAAGAUAACAGUAUUGAUUGUAAAUAUAUAUUUUUCUAUUAAUAAAAGCUGUCAUUCAGAUAUUUUUAUCAUGAACUCUAAAGAAUUUUCCAGUGGAACUAACCUCUGGAAAAUCACGUGCUUGCUUGAAGAACUACGAUGAGUGGUUUCUGAUCUCAUUAGAGCCAUUAAAGCCCUCUCUAACGUUACGGAGGGGGCACAGUGAUUGGAUUCACAACAUGUAGUGCCUUGUCCAAAAACUAAAACGAAGCCGGUCAGUUGGUGGAAAUCUUAUUCUUCUUGUAAUAGCCCUAUAAAUAAUACUGCCCGCGUUAAGAUGCAGAAGAAAUAAAUUGAUCAAUAAAUUAAAUGCUGUACUUUGUACAAUACUGAGUUGACCUAUCCACUAAGAUCUGUUUCUGAAGUUGCAGUUAGGUGAGUUGCUUGUAGUACAGCAUAAGCCUGAUUAACAACCCAAACUGUGGGCUUUCAGGUCUGGAACUGCAUCUGCACAGGGAGAACAGGACGAGUCAAUUGGUUAGACUGACGGCUGCAUCAAAACAAGCCUAAUGCUUUGACAAUCUGCUGCGCACGCUCAGCUCUAGGAGACGAGGAGCUGCAUUAGUGUGGAAGGAGCGGUGCAGGUAAGGUGUGCUGAUCCCAAGGGCAGUAGUGGAUGCGCUGCACACCGUGCUCUGUGGAUGAAAUGUCCACCUCUGGUAUAAGAGGGGUCCUGAAAAACCUACUCCUUGAGAUGUUACGGAGGAUGGGUUUGUUGUGUCUUUCUUACAUUGGAAUUACUUAUUCCUCAGAUCUGAUAGGCUCAAUACGCGUAACCAGGUGAAUAUAUAGAGGAUCUAUCAGCAAAACCUUACCUAGAAAUUUUCAGGAAUGAGGGAAUCCAGAAUCUUAUUUUGGAGCCUCGGCAGUGUCCAGUACAGAGGCCUGAUCUCUCUUCAGCCUUCAGACACGAUGAAACCAACAACACAAGCCGGGAUGCUUUGUUGCUGGCCCGCAGACAGGAACGCACGCAGCAUUUACUCCAACACUCCACCUUAAACCUGGUGUGCUCCACGCAUCCCAGCAGCCCCCACAAGGUAGGGAUGGAUCAUUUUGACAUUUUAACGCAGAAGAGUUCCAACAUGUUAGGAAAAGAUAUUAUUUAAAUAAAUCAGAUGUGUGUUGGUAAUCGGCCACUUAGAGAAUUGAUUCAGCAGCUUUGCACCGUAGGGCCGUAACUUUAGCACAUAAACAUAGUACCUGCUGCUGAAUUAAGAUGUAUCUGUUUCUCAGCUCUUGUGCUGAGAAGCCCAACUGAAGUUAAUAUAUUUUGUUUGUAAUAACAAAUUCAUGUGGAAAUAUAAAUUAAAUAGUUCUGUUUUUAUUUAAAUCAGUUGCAGCUUUUCUAAGGGAUACGGUGGUAACUGAAUCAGACCACGUAAUGCAGUUCCCUUUCCUCUUUACUCCAAACAAGAGCUAAAACGUGUGUAUCUCUGUGCAAGCAGUGCACGACCAUCACUCAGUGCAUGAGCGGACCGUGUGCUCAGCUGUGGUAUUGCAGAGAUGGCGUUGGUUCUGCUACAGCUCCUGCAAAGCCUACAGCACAAAGAGCCCUACGGUGCACGGCACAGAAAUGCGAUGGUGAUGUGGUUCUGCAGUAACGUAACAUCAAAGAAGGGCAGAACUCGAGUUUUUAAUGCCUAUAAUAAUAGACCUGUGGAGAUGUUCUGUAGACUAUCAUCUGGAUUCCAAACACAUUAAGGAAUACAGAGAAAAUGCCAUUCAGGUGAAAUUCUGGUAGACAUUCCUAUGGAUUUUACUGUUCACCUGGAUGCAGUGGUAGAAGGAUGGUGGUUUUAAACAGGCGUAGAAUGUAAAUUAAAUAAUUCCCUAUAAGCCUCCUUAUUGGUGCUCCACUCAGCAUUUAGUUGGAAACCACAGAAUGCUUUCAGAUCAAGCAGAGUCGCCAGUCAGAAAUGAAACACUCAGCAUACCUGUACGUAAGCAUAUUCCCACUGUGUAGAAUGUGAGGAUUUGGAUUGUACUUCAGAUUAUGAAGAUUUCCUUUUCCAUGAACCCAAGGGGAAAAUUUCAGGGAUCUAUGAGACGCUGGAAUUUAUUUUUUUUAUGCGGAAGAAAUAUAUGUUCACAUAUAUACAUAGAUAUAUAUGAGUGUGUGCAGGCACAUUUAUAUGUGUGUAUGUAUGUAUAUGAAUUUUUGUAUCCCAAAAGUAUUCUUUGCCCCCUUUAAUCUGAAAAUAUAUAUAUUAUAUAUCGUAUAUAUAAUAUAUAUUGAAGGUUGUGUAAGUUUGAGUACAGUCAUUUCAUCAGUAACACCUCUUCAACAAUGACUCGGGCCUCUAUUUCUUUAGCAUUUGGCUUGUUGCUAUUGGAAGGUUUUGCAGUUGAAAUCCUUGGGUUUUUUUCUUUUAAAACUUAAUUAUGCUGAGCAUCUGACAGUAUGUUCUUGUCUUUAAUAGAAGGGGAAACAUUAUUUUUAAAUUCGGGGUUCCAAAAUGGAUGAUCUUUUAUAAGUGAGAUUCCUUUAAAAUCCCUUGGAUAAGGGAUUUGUUUUUCUUGAAUUUGAACUCCAUUCUUGUGGGUAAUUUGUACUUGGAAUUCCUGGUUGCAUUGCUUUAUCUGGUGCUUCAUAUCAACAUGUACACGUUUUUAUAUGAGUAUAUAAACUUCAAGCCUUCCUUUGUGAUCAGGGGCAGUUACACUCUGGUUUGCUGUGGUACUUUGCUGUGUACUCUGUGGCAUUCAUGUUACUGUGUAAAUAAACUAGUUUUAUUACACUCCA